UACCAGCUUUCGGAAAUGGUCUGUUGAGUCAUUCGAUAUAUUUUGGAUCCAACAAAAUCCAAAUUUACAUCAUAAGCAAGAUCGAGCCCAUACUUCAUUAGCUACCGAGUUGAACAUUCUCUCCAGAACAUCUGAUCAAAUGGUGGUAGAAAAAGUGCGAUCGUUACAGAAACAAUUAAAG